UAACAAAACUACUUCGAUCGUUUCGCGAUUCUGUGUAUAUACAUAUUCGAUUGCGUGUAAUUGAUCUAAUUGCGUUUAUGUUCAGUCGCGUCGCCAAUGAUCGAUAAUGACAAGGCUCAGGCUAUGCUCACGUUCGCUCUUUUAUCAACACUUUUAAUUCUAUCGGGCAUUCGUACCGCCGGCGAUGGUGUCGAUUGGGACUCUCCGAGAUCGCCCGCGUCGGCCGUAAUUACGAAAAACAUCCACGGACACGCUUCAUACAUAGAGCCCGUGUUUUACGGAGAUUUCAUGCAGCCGUCGCAACGCCGUCUUCUCGAACAUCCGCGCAGGGCCAAGCAGGUAUACCGCAGCCACGACUAUAACGUCGCGCGAAGACACCGUCGACCUCGAAAUAAGCACGACGAGGGCAGACCUUAUCAUUCGUCAGCUGUGAAGAACGACGAAGAUGAGGAUGAGGAAGAAGAGGAGGAGGAGGAAGAGGAGGAAAAUCAGCACGACGAGGAAGACAAGCUCGACGACGAGGGCGCCGACGAGGAGACCGCGGAGCAGGACGAGGAAGAAACGGUGAACGAGGAACCCACCGAGGUCUACGAUUAUGGUUAGUAUUGAAGGACGAAACUUUUGCCGCGUUUUCUAGGUCGCCGUCAGGAAUCGCGUAGCGAGAUCCGGUUACGUGCCGCUCGACAGUGAGGCCGAUGAACGUGAGAGACAGGAAGCUGUGAGGAUCAGAUCGGCCACCGAGGAGUGCGAGGACGAGCCGACGGAACCGUCGCAAUAUUAUGAAUACGAGACCGAGGUGAAAAAUGUUGCUUCUCAAGAUGCCCGACGCGACGGACAUCGAGCGAUAUUUCCCAUGAUGGUCCUCGGCGCAAGUUUUCUGAUUCUUCUGCUCGCCUAAGAACUCGCGAGUUCCAAGAUCUGUUACGAAGGAGGAGGAGCAUUCGCGAAUAAGCGACAUAUUCCACAGCGAACGAGACCAAUUGUGCGCGAUGCGCU